UCUCACACAUCCAUGCACAUUUGAGCGUACAGCAGAGAAGAGAGAAGACAAUGCGACAGCAACGAAGAGGGGCUCGACACAGGACAGAUGGUGAAUUCACAAGUUUGCCACAAGUUUCACACACUUUCUUCCGAGGCAACAUACAGAAAGUCACGGGAGGGCAGAUGUCAUAGCUUCCUGCUCACAGCAGCAUAAACACGGAACACUACGCCAAACACCAACGACACACCGCCCCCUGCAAAAAUACGGGCAGAACACCCAGUAGCAAAGUAAAUGGCACAGACAGCUACUGCAUUCCACAAGAAAAUGCAAGAGAAGGCAUCGACGUAGUGAGCGUCAAGCCACCGAUGCACCGGAUCAAAAAAGCAGAAAAAUGACAUACAGCUCGCCAUAUCAUCAGAUGCCAUCACUCUGAAGCAGAGUAAGGUCAUGAACCCGCAGACGAGCGCUACCAUCGGCCACAAUACAAGCAAUGUCAGUAUUCCAGGCAUUUCGUGUGGCUCCCACAGCCCCUCCCUAAACAUCUUGACUGUCGGUAUAAUGCAAUCAGUUAGCACCACCGCGCCUGCUAUCAGCAUCAGCAAGCAAAACCCCAGACGGCCCGAAAGGUGCGUCACAUGUGACGAGGCUGAUAACACGCCGUCCACGUGAAUCACCUCCACUUCAUCAGCCAUUAGCACCUUACUGCCACCGAACAGAGCAUUACCGCGGUCAUCCCUCGGCCCCACAUAGCCCUCGGGCGCAUAAAAGCUGGAAAUGCACUGCGAGUGUUGGCUGCGGAUGAACUGCUGGCAGCUCCGCAGAUCGUCCGUAGGGCCACUCCGAUAGCAGCCAUAUCCCAACCACAGACCCCCACACCCACCGAUUCUGAGCUUUGCUCUCAUUCCGAAGCCCGCUCCUUCCCUUCCGGCCACACACACUUGCUGUCUGCACUGCAUCAUCUUGGCCGGCUUGUCCGAGGGGCUGGGGAGGGAAAAAUGCCACACAAUCGUCUCGUACUUCUUCUUGCCUGUUGGAGUCUCCGGCAGCUUGAUGCCAUCCGCCAUACAGGCCCCAAAGACAUACUCGUCCUUCCUGAUGACGAACACCAGGCCCUUGGCGUCGUCGACACAUCGCAGCAGAUCGGCGUAGCGACAGCCAUCACGCGUCGCUCUGCAGUACGUGAAACAGAAUGUCACAUGAGGAAAGCAACAGAUGGCAAACGCACCUGUAGACAAGACUUAGACUGCACUCUGUCGCCGGUCUGAGAAACUGGUGGAGUGCGCCGCAUUGGAAGGGACUCAAACUGCAGCCAUCGAUAGCCUGCAGCCGAUAGAGGUACAUCAAACACAUGAAAGCAACACUGAUGCACUCAGUUUUUUGCUGUGGGUGUGUGACCUUAAGCGGUGGGAGUGAGCGUCCAUCAACAUGAAUAACCUCCAGUUCGUCAGCCGUAAGUACUUUCCAGCCAGCGAAUAGAAGGAACUGUGGAUCGCCCAGCUUCAAGCUGCGCUUUAUACAGCAGCGGCGCAUAUUAGCUGCGUGGCCACGCCCACCAUAACCCAUAGACAGAGACCGAUUCAUCAAGCCAAUCAUCGGCUCAGCUGUCCCCCAAGAUCCUGUCCUCUUCUGCCCAGCCACACAAACGUCCUGCAACAUUCGGGGGACUGGGAUCUUGGUCGGUUCAUCGAAGUAUAGACCGGCAAGGGAGAAACACCACGAACUGCAGACGUAGUGGUUGACUCCUGCUGGAUUCUCAGGCAGCUUGAUUCGGUCACUUAUUCUGCCGCCGACAACACAGUCACCAUCCCUGACGAUGAACACCAGGCCCCUCGCAUCGCCGACACACCGAAGGAAAUCACUGUACAAUGGCCCGUCACGCGAUGCCCUGGCAGACAAACGCACCCAAAUGUCACUAUCAAUGUGUCCUAUCAACGUGUCCCAUCGUACGUCGUACCUGUAGAGCAGAGUGAAUUCGCACUCGUCGUAUUCGGACGGCACGACAAGAGACCGGAGGGCCGCACACUCAGCCGCACUCAGACUGCUGCCUUCGACCAGCUGGACAUAGAAGGAGAGGCAAACAAGAUCCGAUUGCACGUGUCCAUGAUCGUAUGCCGGUACUUGCCUGUAUUGGCUCAGUCGCAUCGCCAUUCACUCCAUCUACGGUGCUGCAGGCCGGUUGGACUGUCACGGUAUCACCAGCCGCAGUCUGACAGCUGCCGACGAUGGCCUGCAGGCAACACAGAACAGGCACACAGACAAAGAUACGGCCACCAAUUGACACUGCGUUGGCGAGUGGGUGUCGCAUACGUGUGGUUGCUUGGCUGAUCCUGUUUGUUGCGAGCAUUGUGUAUGAGGCCCCAGUCCCAGACCGCCUUGCGGUGUUUCGUCGUCAGGCAUAUCAAUCACGUAGUCAACAUCCUGACGAGAGCGAACAUAGAGAGGGACGAGAUCAGGCUUAUAUGGCCAACUGGUGCUCUCUCCCUUUGUGUUCUGACCUCUAGUGUGUCGGUCAGGCGCUCUUCGGCAGUGUUGGCGACGACAGACCUGGCCGACGAACGAGGUAGCUGCACGCAUACACCAGACUAUAAGCUGCCUGCGUGUCAGCGUGUGAUCAUUUCCUUAAAGGCCUCACCAGAGACGGCGGACCCUCCCGGUGGUCACGACCCUCAGGCUUGUGGAUCUUGGUCGGUGGCCCUCUCUGGUUGGUCAGUCUCUCCACAAACGGCUCCAUCUGAUUGACAACAGGAACAGCUCAGAUAAGCUGCUCGUUUGUCGAGAGGUGAAUGGACCCUUUUAGCUUACGCUCGUGGUGUUUCGCUGAGAAGGCGACUGCUGGUCCAGCGGCCCAUCGCCGUCAUCAGCAGCCGAUUCGUCGUCUGCUUGGCCCUGCUGGGGCGGAUAUCCUUCCGAGGCAAAGGAGGCAGGUGGGACGCUGCUAGCGGCCGAAGCGACAGCUGCAGCUGCAGCAUGUGUAUCUGGCUCCGGCUGGCCAGUGAGGGGAAUGGGGAGGGGAAGGAGAGGGCCCGCAGCGGCUGACGGGCCGCCGAACGUGUCAAUCAGCUGGCGGCCAGGCAAUAUCAUACCCUUCUCUCACACUCGUGCCAUCGGCGUCGUCAGGGACGGCAGCAGACGACAUAUGUGGCUGUGGCUGGUGAGUGAGGGUAAGGGCAAGGGGGAGAUGAUGGGGGUGAGGCGGACUUAUUUCGGGCAAGGGUGAAGAGCAGGGAGCGUCUGGUACGCCAGUCUGAGGCACGGCGCCGAUCCACUGAUUCACAGUCGCUUCAAACUCCUCCUCGCUCUACAGGGUGCACACAACAACACACCAUCAUCGCUGGGUCUGAUGAAUGCGUUCAUAUUCGUCUCUUACGGUCAUUCCAUCGGUGUUGUCGAUGCCAGAAGCAGCAGCAGCAGCAGCUGCUGCUGCUGCGGGGAGCUCAGGGGCUGUGGGACGGUGCUGCCCAGACAAUAAGAGAGUGAGAAUGUGAGACAAUGGCGGAUCUCUUGUUGUGCCUGCCUGCCUGUCAUCUUUCUGACCUGUUGGAAGCGUUCUCUGAAACCCCUGACCCAGCUAUCGCUCGCCGAGAAGCCACUGACGCCCAGCCGCAUCUUGAUCUCCAUCGCUUUUUCUCUGAUGUCCUUUGUGGGAACACUCAUUGGGUCACGCUGCCCAGCCAUCCACUGCCGCAUCUCAUCCUCGAUCGGCUGGUACUUAGGUUGCCUGAUGCGCUUCUUGUCUGCAUCGGUCACUUGCACACCGACCUCCCUCUGCUUCAUUAGCUUGUAGCGCCACUGCCUGAAUUGGCCAUACUUGAUGCCGUUCUCCUUGGCGAACUGGGCCAUGCUGAUCCGCUCGCCGGACUGCUUCCGCCUCUCAAACUCCUCCACCAGCCGCAGCCGCUCGCCGAUAGUGGUCUCCGGCGCCCUCUCAGUGGACACCUUCAUGACACAGAAACAAAGAGAGGCUAUGUGACGGGCAGUGCGUGAAUGGAGUGGUGGGAGGAAUCAGAGUCAUACGUUAGGGGCAUCUCCCGCAGUGGGCGCCAGCUGGGGAAUUUGGUACGGCGGGAAGCCAUAGUGAGUGUGAGGAUACUGCGCAGACACAGAAGAGGACAAUCACAUCAACGAGUGUGCCUUUCUCGUUCGUUCUCUCACCUGAGGUGUCUGCUGAUGCAUGGAGGGGUCGGCGAUGGGGUGGCUGGCACGGUCGUCGUCUCCAAAGAGCCAUUGCAGGCCGUCGAGUGGGUCGUCUGGUGGGCUGACAUGUGCCAAUGGCUGACUCCCACCAAAGCACUCAGCGUCCCCUACAGCCACCAUGCAAUCGACGGUUGCAUCUUCGCCUGCACGGCAAUCGGAGCGUCUUGCGUGUCCGCUCACUUGAUGCGUAUCCGUCGGCUGCAGGGUCACUUCCUGAUUGCGGCUCUCUGGGAUGCGACUGAGUCCCCCAUCCACCAGCGGCACUCCCAGACACAUAGCCGGGUGGCUGCAGCCAACACACACACACGGAGAAAGAGAGAGAGAGGUCAAGUGAUGCGAUCCAAGGACUGCCGAGUAUGCCCACCUGAUAAGAGCCGUAGUAAGGAGCUGCAGCUGCGGCAGCGCAACCACCAUCUGCCACCUGUGAGAAAAGGGUAAGGAACAGAGUCACAUCAGCACCACUGACUCCAUCGCUGCAUACACCUGUGUGUGAGUGUCAUCACAAUUAUGCUCCUCGGCCAAUUCGGUGGCUCCCGCAGCCUGGAAAAAAGCACAAACAGGCACAUCAGCCAGCAGCCAAAGAUCUGUGUGUGUGUCGGCAAAGGACGUCACCUGUGGGUGAGAUCUGAACGAGUCGUCCAUCAGAAGGCCUCCUUUGGGCAGAUCUCCGGAAAAGGACCUCAGAUGAGGAC